AUGAAUGAUAUUCAUACCAUAAAUGACGAAAAUGAUAAGGAAGAUGAUGUAAACGAAGCCAGUGGUAUUGACAAUGAGCCUGAUGAUAGUUCAUUGAAAGAUAUAUACACUGGAAAAACAUUUAAAUCAUUCAAAGUACUUGAAAAAUGUUUGAAACGAUAUGCAAACCAAACGGGCUUUGAGAUUAGAACAGUAAUAUCUGAAAAAGAAGAUGGUACCUGGUCCAGAAAAACGCAUAAACGUAUCAUGGGGGCAAAUAUGAAUAUAAGAAAAGUGGAUCCUACACAUAACCGAAACCAAGAAUCAGUUUGUAUUGAACGUGGAUUCCUUGUAAAUAUAACAUAUUGUAAGCGUCUGAAUCUGAUAUUUUUUAACCAAUUCGUUAGCGAUCAUAAUCAUGCAUUACAAAGUGCAUCUGUACUUCACUGUAUUACGCAAGAUACCAGACAAUAUCAUGGAAGAGGACGUAUGAUUGACCUAUUGUGUGCUAACUCUGGACGUGUUACUAAUUUAAGAAGAGUUACUUACCUUGUGUUAGAUGAAGCUGAUCCAAGAAAAGUUCUUAAGAGGCCUCUUGAAAUUACUGUAGGUGGUCGUAGUGUUGUAGCUCAAGAUGUGACUCAAAUUGUUGAAGUUCGUGAAGAAAAUACAAAAUUUGUUCGUUUAUUGGAAAUUUUAGGUCAACAAUACAAUGAUGAUCCUGAAGCUAGAACCCUUAUCUUUGUCGAUCGACAAGAAGCUGCCGAUAAUCUAUUACGUGAUUUGAUUCAUAAAGGGUAUCCUUGUAUGUCUUUGCAUGGUGGCAAGGACCAAUUGGAUCGUGAUAGUACCAUUGCUGAUUUUAAAUCAGGAGUCUGUCAAAUAUUGGUUGCAACUUCUGUUGCGGCUCGUGGUCUUGACGUAAAACAAUUGAAACUUGUUACUAAUUAUGAAUGCCCUAAUCACAUGGAAGAUUAUGUACAUCGUGUUGGUAGAACUGGACGUGCAGGUAAUAAAGGUACGGCAUAUACUUUUAUUACACCUGAACAGGAUAGAUAUGCUAUGGAUAUUGUUAAAGCAUUAAAAUUAAGUGGUGGUCACAACAAAAGUAAAAUAAAAAGAAUUGUUGUUGUUGGAAUCUCGUCAUUUGGUGGAAGUUUAUUUGGUGUAUCAGGCAAACCUGUUGAUAAUGAAACCAGGAUAAACCUUACUGCUUUUAACAGAAUAUUUGGAGUUAAAUGUAUAAUUAAUCAAUGGUUCAACAAGUUGGAACAGUUUUUAACAGUUGACUUAACCAAUGGAAAUGUCAAAGGAAGGCUUAUAAAGUCCUUUGAAAGAAGUAAAGAAAAAGAUAAAAUUGCAAGAUUGUUAUUAAGAACAGACAACAUGCCCGUUUAUGGAUUCAGAGUUCCAGCUUAUCCAGUGAAAGAAAAACUUUUGCCUGAUAAAUGGGUUCAAACUACCCUUGAUUCUACUCCCAUCAAUUCUUCUAAUGAAUUCUUGUUUGUAGGAUGCAAAACAGAACAGCAUUGGGGACAUAUUGUCAUUAUUAACUAUGAACAAAAUGUCAUUUGUAAUGAAGAGUUUAAAUUUGAUGGUGCACCUCCUAGUGAUUAUAUUAGAAGAGCCGCACAGGAAGCUGCUGCUCGCGUUAAUGCUAGUGUUGGAACUAGUGGUGUUCAAAGAGCUAAAGAUAUUAUUGCAGAUAUUAACGCAAGAUUUAAAGAUAACCCUGUACAUGGCAAUGUUUCUGAAGCUGAUAAGACGGAAAAUACAGCCGAAUAUAGUGUUGAAAUUGAAAUAAACGAUUAUCCACAAAAGGCACGAUGGAAAGUUACAAAUAAAGUAUUACUUUCAUUACAUGAUAGAGCAUCUGAAUUUUUAGAAUACAACUUUAAAACAGAUCCUAUAAGAGCAUUAUUAAUGGCUGAUGAAUAUUCUCUUCGAAAAACCUAUAAAGAAUCAUCUAAACUUGUACUUGAAGUUUUUCCAAAAUAUAAGCUCUCCAGUCACUAUAAAAUUUUGUCGCCUUCAACCUCUAGUUUAUUAAUGCAUUGUUAUGGAAAUUAUUUGAUUUUUUUAACAACGUUAGAUAAAAUGGAUUUUAUUACAAACUUUACGCAUACAUGCCAUAAUAAAGAUGCGCACAAUAAUGUAAUAUCAGCACUAAUAAAAGAUCGCAUCGAUAUUGUUUGUAGAUUUCCAACACUUACACCCUCUAAAUUCUUCAGCGUAUUUUGCCAAAAAUUCGAAGAUUACAAAGAUACUUUUCGAAAUCAAACACGAACUUGUUCUUAUCAUCAACAUUUUUUAACUGUAUUCGAUGCAAAUUUUGGCAAGUAUGAACCUCUGGAGGAAAAAAAUAAAGUCGUUAGAGCAGCAAAAUCAAAUUUUAUUUUUAUCGAGAUUCCUGAAUAA